AUGGCCGGAUCUCGUUUUGAUCGGCCAGGGGAUGGCCCCGAAGGUCCGCUUGGUGGUCGUGUGCGGGCUGCCGCGACAGGCGUUCCGGGAGAUCAUCUUGAUGCUGGUGAACAUGGCGUGCAUUGGAAAAGUGCUGGUGCUGGUUCAUCUUCUGGUGAACCUAGUGCAAAUCAAAGUGGGACUGCUUCAUCAGGGAGAGACAGGAGAUCACCACCGACUGAUGCCGAAAUGCGCGAGCGUGAUAUUGCUGCAGGUUUUUUCAACCCCGCGGUAGAAGGGAUCCAACCCGGAGCAAAGAAUGCUGAUCGCGGAGUAUCUGGUGCGCCUUUCAUCGCAGCAGCUAUUCACGGUAGAGAGGGUCACAUUCCUGCGCCAGUACAAGAUUGGCGAGUGAGUGGAAACCCAGCGGCUGGAGCGGAGCCUGGUCUCGUUGACCCAGUCACAGGCACAAGAGACACGGACCCUACUAGAGUUCCUAUGGCCGGAUCUCGUUUUGAUCGGCCAGGGGAUGGCCCCGAAGGUCCGCUUGGUGGUCGUGUGCGGGCUGCCGCGACAGGCGUUCCGGGAGAUCAUCUUGAUGCUGGUGAACAUGGCGUGCAUUGGAAAAGUGCUGGUGCUGUUUCAUCUUCUGGCGUACCUAGUGCAGAACAAAGUGGGACUGCUUCUUCAGGGAGAGACAGGAGAUCACCACCGACUGAUGCCGAAAUGCGUGAUAUUGCUGCAGGUUUUUUCCACCCCACGGUAGAAGGAAUCGAACCCGGAGCAAAGAAUGCUGCACGCGGCAGGAUGGAACAACUAAAUAAAUGGGAGUUAAUGAUGAACGAACGCGGUAGGCCUCUUAUUGAGGCCCAGACUGAGAGAGACAUCGAGGAGGAGAAGGUCUCUAGAGCGCUUCGUGCGACACACCCACAAGCCGACGAUUUGGAUCCUGAAACACCUGUGGUUCUGCCUAACGGCAGUGUCGGACAGCUAGGUACUGCACAAAGAACGAUCCCUGGUGACGUCGUAGCGGUCUCUUGGUCACUGGGCGCUGAUGGAAAGGCACAAAAAAUGUAUACCUACCAGCCUGCUGGCCUGGACAAAUUUGCCCAAGAAAUGCGGGAUGGCAAUGUUGCAGGUGGCGUGCCCCGAGACAACGCGGUCGCAACUGCUGUCUGCAACUCACUCGGAAUCGAGUUUAGAGGCUUUGAAUAUGAGCCGCCAUUGGGCGAACCGGGUAUCCCGAUCCGUGAUGCCGAAGGGAAUAUUUUAAAGGACGAGGCAGGCAACGUUAUGGUGGCUUCAUGAUCCAUAUUAGAUCCUAAAAAUUUUUACGAUUAUUACUAGGAUUAUUUCUUUACAGGUAGAAGAGGUACUUCUUACUAGGUCCUCUAAGAGUAAGAUUCUCGAAGGUCGUGUGCGACGUCUUCCCGGAGUAGAGGGCUAUGGCCCUGAAGUGGUGAAAGACGGGCGAGCAGACACUAGCGACGUGGAUGGCCACGCUAUCAAAGUUUUCGAGUCAAAAGACCCUCCAGGCCGAUUCACAAGAGACGACACGGGAAUCGAGUGCAGCACACCAGGUCAAUGCAAUUCUGACUCGACCUACAGGAUACUUUUAAGGCUGUCACAAAUUAUAUGUCGUGUUACUAAUCAUGAAGGAUUAUAUUGUGCACGACGAACAAGACACCACGAGGGACGAAGACACCACAACCAAGACCCCACGAUGAACAAUGUGGACCUCACGGUCAUACUCAUACUGACUGUGACAUAAUUAAUGGCCUGUCAACAUCGUGGUUAAUAUUUUUCCUUCUCCUAGUGAGUCGCCGGGAACAAGAGUAACUAAGUACUUCGCUCAUAGCCGCUUACGUUUACCUGUACAAUCCACUGCACAGAAUCUUGUCUCUUCUUCUAAUCCUGAAAGAGAUGGGGAUCGCGGACACAAUUUCGCAGGGUCGUGAUCAUUUGAGCAGCGCAGGUAAACUUAACGACUGGCUCGCGGACUCGAUCCUAGAAGACCAGGACUUUGCUAGUAGGUACUUCGUGUUUUAGUACAUUUUUGGUUUUUCUUAGUUGGUAUUUAAUGCUUGCAUUUACUUUUUUCGCGCUUCAGAGACCUCACCAAGUAACUACCCUCUCAAUCACAAAGGAAUGUGCUACAGCUGGACGUACACAGACCUCCAUGAUCCAUCGCCGUUCGGGAGGUGAUUCUUUCUGUCUCUCUGACUGCUCUCUCUCCUUUUUUCCUUCUCACAGGUACGCAACCGACUGCGCGACAUGCAACUGCUGUGGGUCGCAAUUGCUGGGGACGUAUUCGGGUAAAUUCACUAGAUACUUUUGGUUUUGUUUAGAAGAAGUACUUCAUCGUCUACUUGGCACCUACAACAUCAAGUAGCUCGGAUUGGUCUUUCGUAUGUUUCUAUGUCUGUAUAGAUUCAUCUCCAAUUUAUUUUUCUUUUUGAACUAAGUUUAAGAAGGAGAUGAAGCGGAGGAGGACUUCACUAGUACGAAGAAGAUUACAAACAAUAUAUGAUAACAAAAAAAGUCAUGGUCUCGCCCUCGCGUUCUCUUUUGGUCCUGCUGAGGCAGUGCACUAGAAAAGCUGUUCUUCAAUGGAAUCCUUGUCCAGGUGGCAAAGGAGGACCAACUCCCGGUAAAGGCGGACUAACUGGAGGCAAAGGAAAAGGUGGCAAAACUACAUCUGGCGGUGCAUCCUCAUCCUCUUCGUCAUCGUCUGUUAAGGGCAAGUUCUUGGUGUUUCUGUUGCCGUUAUUUUUCUUGACUCCUGUAAGCGGAAAGAUGAAUACAGAAACACCGAAGCGCUACCGCUAAGGCUGCUGCGGGUGCAUCUUCUUCGUCUGUUCUUCCAAAAUCUGGCGGUAAAGCCGCAGGAGCUGCGCCAUUAAGGCAUCCUAACUAACAGUAGCAGGCUGCAGGUGUAGCAGUUGUAGCUGAAGCAUCGAACGUGGUGACAACUGAACUACUCGCUAAAUUGAUUUUGAUCGUAUAUUAUAAGGGACGGUGUUUAUAAUAUUUUUAAUUGUUCAAUAAAAGAACAAUUAUAUGUAGGACGCCAUAAGCAUAAGGAUAAGAAAGUACUGAUAUUCUGUGUACACUUUUCUUCCUUCUAACGCAGAAGACAACUCCUGGGAGCAAUUGGAAUCCGGGAUUUCAGAAAUUAUCUCUGUACAAGGAUAAACAUACAAAACUUACGGGUAGGCUAAAAGUGUUCCUGUUACCGUUUGUUAUGGCUUAACAAACGGGACAUACGCACACAAAAAGCAUACCUCUAAAAGAAAAAUUCUGGACGAACUUCCGCAACCCCUCGCACCGGGCGAUCGUCUAAAAUUAAGACCAUGACUUCAAGAAUGUGGGACAGUUAGAUAGUGGUAAUUUGUUCGUACUUACUUAAUUUGGUUCUAAUCUUUCGACUGUAUUAUUAAUUUAUCGGCUCUCGGGGACCACUGUGUUUUUAACUUAGCAAUUUUUCUCCCCUAAGAAAAUCAAAAGAAACAGAAGAAGAAAAGGGAUUGGAUUUCCUUGAUAUGACUUUCGUGGAUACUCGAGACGAUGAGCACGGCAUUGCACAUCUGACGGCUCACGCGGGUGGCGAUAGCGGGAAGAAAACUCUGCGAAGAAUGUCAGAGCAUGCGCUUAUGACUUCCGAAGCGGCGCCCUCGCCGUCUUCAUCCUCGAGCGAUCCACCACCUCCCAUGACGCGUGGCUAUCGUGCGCUCCCAGAAGUUGUGCCGGAGUCAGACGAGGCCGCCUUCAAGAGUCUCACUGAUUGCAAUCCCGAUACGGAAAUGACUGCGGCACAAAGGGACCGCGCGACUCAGGCUUUGGCGCAGUUCAUCUAUCGGCAGGCGGCCGCGAAGGACUCACGAGACAUGAAAGAGGCAGAGGACGACCCAGAAGGAUCAGCACCAAGCGUGGAGAGGAGGCUCCCGGGGAUUGAAAAAGACUACAAUUCCAAUUUCUUAGUCUCAGUAAGAGGGGAUACGCUGGAAGUAACACCUGGCAACAUGUGGAGUGGCACUGACCGAUUGGCUUACAAUAUGAACGAAGACUGUGCCAAAAGGAUCCCUUCGCGGUCUGCCUAAACCUUCGAGUUUUCUGCCUCAAUUUUAACUUUAGGCAGAUUCUGCCUUUGUUUAGGCAGCUUUAGUGGUGUGCCGCUGCGGCGGAGUCGGCUGCCCAAAAGUUCACCAGGCCACUGCCUAGCGGCUCACUUCUGCGCCCCGGAGCCACCCGGUGGCUCCGGAGCGGGGCGGUGGACUAAAUUCGAGCCGUUUUUCUGCCUAAACUUUGGACUUUUCUGCCUAAACUUUGGAUUUUUCUGCCUAAGUUUUGGACUUUUCUGCCUAAAGUUUGGACUUUUCUGCCUAAAGUUAAAAUUUAGGCAGAAAAGUCGAAGGUUUAGGCAGGGCCCCCAAGGGAUCCUCUUGGCUGAGCUUCGUUUACUUACGAAGAUGCGACAGGAAGAGAAAGACGUCUGGACUUCGCGAAGUCGUUCGCUGAGACAUUGGUAACCAAGCACAAUGAGUGGAGCGCGCUCGCCGAAGAGGGGGACACCCGCGCGCAGGCAGCGUGCAAUCUUCUCGGAAGGAUACGUAACGUAAACAUGUGGACUUGUUCCGGUGGAAAGCAAACUCAUUCCGAAUGCAUAUUCAACGCUCGACGCUGUAUUGAGGCUGGACGAUGCAUGCCCACUCAAGAUUAAGCAUUCAACAUGUUGAUACAAGCAUCUGAUUAUCAUUGCAUCUACAGAAGCUACCAAUGUCAUGUUCAGCUUCAGCUUCACCUAAGUAGUUUUAGCAUAAGUAUUGCUAUCUGUAUCUAAAAAUGAAAUUGUUCAACCUCCUCUAACAAAAGGAGAUCGAGAACAAAAAGCAGCCACCUCGCGCAAUCCCAGAUGCCGGUAUUCCCGAUGAGGCUCGGGCCCUUUUUUCGCCGUCCGCACCAGUCGGGCACGACGGAUCCUGCCAGCAUUAAGGCUGCUUUUAAUCCAUCUUCUUCUCUGUAUCUAUGUAACACCUUGCUUCACCUUGAAGACCAUUGGUCCAACUGAGAUGGAUUUGACUAAAUAGUUCUUCUAAGAACAGAACACUGAAAAAUGGCGUUGUGGUAAGUGCCUGAAGCAAACCAUUGCGACCGAAAGCGUAGUGGCUGAAUGCACAGCUGUUCCAGAUCGUGAUGUGCAUCAUUCGGAUGGCCGCUCCAAGCUGACGAACAACUUUCCAGCAACGCAGAUUGGGUUUGAUACUAUUAGGGCUUCUUCUUGACUACUUCUGAAGUUGUCAUUUUUACUACUUACGCAUUUAUUGAAUCAUUUAAAUAAUUCUCUUCUCUUUCCUGCUUCUCAGUCCACCAAUAGAGACACGCCAGGCUCUUGCCUAUAAGAACCGCUCUGGCAGCAGUUCUUAUCUCACGCCAAAGUAGCCUAUCAAAUUAUUAUAUAUAAAUAUAUUGAGCAUGAGCUCUAAUACUAGUGCGGAUGCAGUGAGCAGCCCUGGCGGCACAAUUGCUGGGAAGCAUGAAGCUUACACAGCUACAAAGGACAGGAUUAAUAAUAUGCCAAUACGUUCCAAUGAGAAUCCCAUAUUAAGGCGCAUAGUUCUUGUUGUUGUUGUUGUUGUUGUUGUUGUUGUUGUUGUCCAUUUCCAAGCGUGGGCCCACGCGCAUCGAAGUAGCAAACUCGUUUUCAAGCGUAGGCUGGCAAAUCAAGAAAGUGCCAGAAUUCAUUUCCAAGGGUAUUCUUGUUACUUUGGUUCCUUCUUAUAUGAAUAUGUUCCGGGGCGCGGGGCGACGGCCUCCCCCCCCGUGCGGCCCUGGAUUACCUCACAACUUAGGAUCUUCUUCCGCGGUGACUCCUACCUUCUUAAGACGCUUCAGGAACGGAAGAAGUAUCUCAUUGUUAUCGGUUUCUCACUACAAUAACUGCCUCUAAGAAUAACUGCAUUGGUAGUGGAUCAGAAGGCCAGCAGUAAAGUGAAUAUGCACGCCACCAACACCAGAAGCAUUGAACGCGUCAGAGAUGAAAGAGCGAUUGUGGUGUCUAAUGGCGAUGAAACCAGGAGCAGCCCUACCGGGGGCGACCGCGCGUAUGCAGACAUAGGAGAAAAUCUCCGCAACGAAGGCGGCUUUCUCUCCGUAUACACUUAUGGCAUAUGUUGUAAAUCAGUAAUGCACGACGUAGUGUACGUCGUACAACUUUUGAGUACAGUGUACUUCCUUCUCGUUGCUCCUGCUCCUCUGUAUCUAUGAUGCACGUUGUAGAGGUGCUGUGCGUCCUAUGCAUACAAUAGCAGAGUAGUUCAUAGCACGCAUGGCGCAUGGAGUAGCAUGGAGCGCAUGGAGCGCAGAGCUUUAAGGGGCGCAAGAAGCUCCCCCUUUAGCUCCGUGCUACUCCAUGCGAUCCAUGCACUCCAUGCCGUGCGAGCUGUGUCUGUGAAGCCUUAUACUAUAAUAUAAAUUGCUCUGCAAUAAAUGCAGCGCCGUCAGAAGAUAGAGUCCUACUAAGCACUACUCAAUAAGGUAAUAGUGCGUAUAAUAGACAGUGCCCUGCUCUUUGUGCUCCAAUAGACAAUACCGAUUGCGAUGAAGCCCCCCGCCGCCCCUGGCGGUAAACGUAAUCCCCAUGGCAGGUUGCAGCUGAACGCACUGCAAUCGAGUGGGUGGCAUUUUGGAUAUGAGAAGCCGGACCCGACCUCGCCUGACAGUGACAGAAAGCUCGUUGCGUGGCAAGCAAGUGCAGCGGGAUGGGUGGAUAAACGUGAAGGACGCAUUAUUUACGGCAUGCAGUGUUUUUCGACUCUUUCUCUUCUCAAGAUGAGAACGAUUUUUCCUUCACUAGGCCAUUGCAACCUGCCUAGCAUGAUGACCUAUGUAUCCUAAUUUCUCUUAACUGUGGGUCUCAUGAUGGCUAUAUCCGGAUGCGAGUCUACGUUUACAACUAGAGUAAUCUCAUCCUUACGCAUACUAGCGCUUCCUUCUAAUGUGACUGCGGCAUGUAUGGACCCACCGCUGCAAAUCCCACGGCGCGUUUUGGGGCUGGGUGUCCCUCAUACGAGCGUAAGGCUCUGGCUGACCUUCAUACGCGGCGUCCUGCUCGUAGUCGUACUGCCAAAGUCUCGUAAAAGGCCUAUGUUGCAGCACCAGGACAUGAUUAGAAGAAUAUGAGUAAAUUGGAAGAACUAGAAAAGGCAAGGGCCUAACAAGCUCAUUAAGAACCGAAAGUAGUUUAAAGACAAAAACUCGAAUAUCGUAUCUAAUAGGCAACAUGAAAUUGACGGGACGCUAUAAUUACCUGAACACUGCGACCACGUGAUCCCUACGGAUAAGGAAAAAAAGAGGUGGCUUGAGUAUCAUCUUGAAUUCGCACUCGCACAAAUACGCAUAGACAUAGUACAGUUCAUAUUUACUAUAGCUUCUCAAUUGUUGUACUAGAUGUUAAUUCAAAAAUUUAGAUUCAAUGCAGAGCUUUGCUUUGCCUCAGCGCAACAAUAGCACCCCUUUCUCACUCGUUUGAGCGUCUACCUAAUGUCGGAAGAUGGGGCCGGCCAUCUACGGUCCGGAUGGCUAUGGCAUGUGGUACCCGCCCCGCUCGGGGCGCGGUGAUGGGCCGCCUCGUACUUGGUAUCCGCCUCCGGCCACGCCGACUCACCUACAUGGGCCUCAUCAUGAUCCGCCUCCGCAUUGGCCUGAGGCGCCGCCUCCGACGACCUGGCGUGGCCCGGCUUACGCGGACGAAUACCCUCGUCGGGAUUGGUUCCCUCCUCGUGCCCCCCGCUACGGGACUUGGCGACACGAUGCGCCACCGCGGGAGUCUCGCGACCACGCACACUCGCACGCAGCUCCGUCUGGGUCUCCUGAGCGCGACUACUGGUCGUCGACGGCGCCGAGCUGGGCCCGUGUGGAAGGCCUUCUAUUGCGCAUGCUGCGUUCGCCCGUCUUCUGAAGCUCCCCGGACCCGCCUGGCACCGAUGGCGCCCACGUGGACGGGACCGCCUCGGGGGUCCCCCCUGUCGACCGGACUGAACGCAACGGAGCUCCACCGCAAGGGGAGAAGAUACCCAAGCCGCCGCCCCCUGCUGCGGGUGACGGAGAGUCCGCAGCUGCCCCAGGAGCACCUGGUGGCAAGGAGGAGGAAACCGAACCGGGGGACGCGCCCCCGCGAGCGGGCAAGGGGAAGGGCAAGCGUGCAACCACGGACCGCGCCGGCGCACCCAGGGAAGCCCUCCCCUCGUCCAGAGCGAUACGCCGAGGGCUCGACGCCGCGAUCUCCAACGAGCCCACUGCCAACAGCAGCCGCCUCUUAUACCGGUGGGGCGGAGCGUUUCUGGCAGUGGGUCGCCUCCUCACCCACAAGGACUUUGAGCAACUCAGCGGAGGCGGUGCUGGGGGCGCCUCCUUCUACGCGGAUGGAGGGGCAACCCUCCUAGUUGUGGACGACACGGACUCCGAGCGGGUGGCCAGGUGCACUGAGUUCUCCCAAAGCGAAAAGUUGCAGGCGCUCACUUCGACCCUCGUCCACCUGAAGCCGGACGCUAGUAAGACUGUCGGCCUCGUGCUCUCCGUUCUGGGCUUACAUGCCUGGGGGGCGGAGGCUCGCCAUCAAAGCCGCGCACAGGAGAGAGCGGACGCGCCUCCUCUUGACUUUCUGGGCUUAUUGUGCUGCCAGGUAUCCUCUCGCCGACCUUUCGGAAAGUCAUGGGAUACUCUUGGGGGGCGAAGCUCUUUGCCUCCUCGAUGGCAGUUCGCUGCUCGGUGACGCAAGUUGUAACGCUCGCGCUCGCCAUAGCCUUAGCCGCGUGGGGUCCUUCUACCGCGCGGUCUGACUUUCGGACGAUCAACACCCACGCACUUCCCUUGGCGCAGCGCGUCGCCAUUGGGCAAGCGCGUUCCAUGUGCCUCGGAUCCUUCUGGUUUUUGGCUGUGAGUGCCUGCGCCUUCAAUCGCUACGCAUGAGCUUCGUGCAUGUUGGUGGAUGGGGUGCGACACGCGGGGCCUGGGCGCGGCGCUUCAAAGUAGCGCCAUUUCUUCGCUGGGGUAUGACGAAGCCUCGCCCUCUACUGCGGGCUCGCGCCCACUGGUCUUCGUGCUUGGCUUGGUUCUGAUCCCCUCGCAGUAUGGGCCCGCUCUCGCAACGUGGUGGCAGCAGACGCGUCGACAGCAUCUGGGGGAUAUCGCGGAUGGAAAACCAGUUGGGAGCCCCCCGGCCGGGCACUCUGUCCCCUGCUGGCGUCACUUCGUGAGCAGUCUGGCGAUCGAGCACGGCCGCCGCCCAGUGAGUCGCAUGCCAUGAGCUGCCGGCGGGCCUUCGCAGCGUAUGCGCGUGAACUCUCAAUGGCCAGGCAGGCUUUGCCCCCGGUUGGCUCCAGAACGCCCAGCGCGUAUUGCAGAAGAGUGGCUGGGGCUUCUCUUCUAUUCGCCAGGGGGCCCGCCUGUUGUUGCCCUUGCCUCCCUCCCAUGCUCAGCCUUUCGUUCUGGACACGGUCAGACUCGAGACACUGAGGCCGUCAGCCUGGAAGUCGGUGAAGUUCUGCGUGGGUCCUCGCGGGCGGCUGGCGUUCUAGUCGUCGCCACCGCCGGGGGCUUGUUUCUUCAGACUUAAAGAGAAGCAGAAGGAGAAGCACGGCGAGGGACCCGCUGCGGGAAUCUUGAUCGGGAGCCACCUGGUGCGCCCGCUUCUUGCUUCGCGGUGCUUAUCGUGCACGCAGCAGCGCCGAAAGCGGUUGGGUGGCUUUCCACCACACGGCCCGGCAGCUCAUCAGCACGGGCUGCACUUCUGGGAAGCGAAUCACUCGGCUCAUAGACUCCCUUAGUCUGGUGGCUUGGCUGGAAUCCAUGACGGCUGCCGACGGCGUAGGCGGGCCUGGGCACCUUGGCGGAGCAGGCCCGGCUGACAGACCUCGGGGAGCUUUGCUCGCGUGCCGCUUCUGUUAUUGUUCGGGCCGAGCGCAGCGUGUGAACUCCCACGCUGGGUGCCAAAGAAAUAAGUGAGCUUGUUGACUCUCUGCGCACGCUGGGGCUGAAGGCGCAGCUAACUUGUCGGCUUGUCUGGGACCGAUGGCCAGACCUCGGACGAGGCCAGACAAGAGUACUGCUGGAGGAGUCAACUACUCGGGGAGGAAGCGCGGGGCGUCUUGUCAGAUCUGGCACGCAGGCACUCAGUCAGCGUGGGCGUCUUCUGUUCCCUCGACUUUUCUCGGGGGGCGCGCGGGCCUUGGGUGUGCCUUGCGGUCAUUACAGGGGGAAGGACGAACCGCGCAGCGGGUGGCGGCGUCUGUUUUAGGUGCCAGCGUGAGGCCUGAGCGCAUUGCAGAGCGUGGACUGCUUCCCACCGUGUGGCCUUUUUGUGGGGACGCGGCUGGCUCUCGGUGUCGGUUCGUUCCACCUGCGCCAGUGCUUGGAGUAUGUCUCUGCGCUCUUCAAUCCCUCGGACUCUGACCCGCUUCUGCCUUGCUUGGUACCUCUUCACCGCCAUCGUUCUCGACUUGGUCGCCUUCGAGCGGCACGCUCAUCGCGAGUCCCGCACACUUUCCCGCAGUAGCAGUGGCGUUGCAUCUUUAAAGCCGUAGCUUGCCGUCUUGGCCUGGAUGCCGCGCCCUUUUGGUCCCCCUGGGUCGCGACUGCUCUGGGCGAGCUCGCCACUGCCUCGCGUUUUCUUGUGUUACGGCUGAGUCAUAUUUAUCGCGACCAUCUUUUCUUAAUACCAGCGGACUAAUUGGGCCCCGCGUAUGGCUCUCGGGCUGCAUGAUGUUGGAGCACCACCAGGCGUCUUAUAGUAACUAACUAACUUCAAAAAUUUAGAUGAUCUACUAACUUCUAAGACGAUCGCUUCCUCAAGGUGGAUAGCUACAUUGCCAACUGAACAAGCGGCUAUAGCCUGAUAAGUGUUCUUGUUCGACGAUGACAUCAUGUUAACUACGAGCACAAAGUGGAAGAUCAAGAUAGAUAGAGAAUAAUACUAAUGAAGAGCAGCUGCAGCCCAUCAGUCUCAGUUAGGAAUUACUUGGGCCUAUCGACUUUAUCGUGUUGAUUUCAUUUUUUUUCCAACUAUAUCCAUCGAUGAUUGUUUUCUUGCGUCGGGAGAGAUCCAAAGAUAUUCAAUGUAAAUGAACAACUCACAUAUAAUUCAAACGCGGCAUCUUCGUCAUGCUGGUUGCUUGAUCUUCUAUUUUUGUGAUUCAGUAUAACUAAAAGCCCGUAGAAGUUUCCAUUAAAUUUAAACCAAGAAGAUUAUCAAUACCUCGACUCACCCAUAGUAUCAUCAUGUUGUUCCAUGUGUAUCUGGACUUAUCUAGAAUUUACGCAUUGAGAAAGUCAUCUUGUUGAGAGAUUGAGGUAGAGGCACUUCUACCUACGAAGGCCACUAACGUCAUCCGUGGUCCAUAAUUUUUUCUCUGUUUUGGGCGCCGUAGAGAACGCAAUACGAAGAAAAAUCAAGCCUCAUCUUACGGGAUUUUCCUCAUUUGUGACUGUGAGAUGGAACAACUAUGCAUAACCGAAACUGGUGCUCCUGCUUUACGCCUUCGGCGAGAAAUCACAUGCACGGAUCAGAUGAAUGUGAAUCCCUUUCCGCUUGUCUAAAGAUCAGGAUGUGGUGGAUUUGAAACUCUUGACAAGUAGGGGUGAUGCUGAAUUGACUGAAAGAAAAAUAGCGAUGGCGGUCUGGCGGAAAACAAAG